GCUACGGGAGGCGUCGCCGCCAGACCUCCACCAUGUAAACACACACGAGCACAGGACGAGUUGCAGUCAGGCCCGCGCACACACCAGGCCCCUCCACUCGCUCCCUUGUGUCCCGCGUCCUAUUUCUUGUGCAGCGCUACAGAGUCUACGUGUGACGCCCCCGGGCUCCUUGCCUGUGCCGGCUUGUUUGGACGUUUCGACUUGUAUGCCAGAUGUGGAGACACCACUGAAGAGAGUACGUUCCCAGAAGUCACCGUGCGCAAGUCGUCCAUCAGCCUCCAGCCCAGGACUGCUGGGCCGGACCACGCGACCCCGCACACAGCACUACCCUACGACAUAGUAGUGGGUGUUCCCCUUACAUGUGUUGUGAGUCGUAAAUACGUUGACUGACUGCGUCCUUUUGGCUCGCAACACGGACACAGUCUCCGAAAUCCGCUCGACCAACGCUUCCACGACCAUGUCUUCAAAACCACAUUACGGAGUAUGGUAGCGAUGGCCGGGCCGCCGAGUGAGCGAGGCACGUGAAAUGUGCCGCUGCUCGCCGCCACCGUUGCACUGCCGCCCCUCGUCCAGGUGAGGCGCUUCCCUUCCCCUGGGCUCUCAUUCCGCUCCCGUCCUCGGCAUGCACCUCCCCCGCCGCGCCUGCAGCCUGCUGGGGAUCCUGUGCGUGGUGCUCUGCUGCUUGCUCUAUGUGGCCGAUUACUAUGACUACUACUACUCUCGCACAGCCGUCCCCGAGCGCCACCGAGAGCACGAAGACGCUGUCGCUGAUGCUCGCGCCGGCCCACUUCUCCUGCCGCUGGCCCAGUCGGACGCUAGAGGAGGAAAAGCAGAAGGAGCAGGACCUAGAGAAACAGGAGCCACCGCCCUCGAUGCCAGCCACGCGCCUGGCGAGCAGAAAAAGAGGAAGGAUCAGGCGGCCGCGGCUAGGAAGAAGAAGCGGCGCUGCAAAAAGAGGAAGUGCAAGAGGACCUCUGCGGAGAGCGAGGGCGAUGGCGACGAGGCGGACAGCCGCGGCGACGACGACCCGACGUUUACGCUGGACGCUGUGUUAGCCGCGCCCGUGUGGAGCGAGUUCGCCGAUCGCGGAUACACCAUCGUGGGCACCAAUGGCUCGGCUAUGCGGCGCCUUCCUCAGGUGCUCAUUAUCGGCGUGAAGAAGGCGGGAACGCGCGCUCUCCUCGAGUUCCUUCGCGUACAUCCCUCCAUCCGCGCCGCCGGCCCCGAGGUGCACUACUUCGACAGGUUCUACACGCGGGGACUCGCUUGGUACAGGAGCCAGCUGCCGUUGAGUCUCGAGGGACAGCUGACACUUGAGAAGACUCCUGCUUACUUCACCACCUCGGGCGUGCCGGCCAGGGUUAGAGCGGACUUACCAGGGGUCAGACUGCUGUUGGUGGUGCGGGAGCCAGUGACCAGGGCCCUCUCCGACUACGCUCAGGGUCUCAGCAAACGCGAGGGUUCCCACAAAUCCUUCGAGGAGAUGGCCUUCGUCAACGUCACUACAGGAUUGGUUAAUUCUAAUUGGGGUCCCAUCAGCGGAGGCCUGUACGUGAGGCACCUCCAGCACUGGCUGGAUCACUUCCCGAGGUCUAGCAUCCACGUGGUGAGCGGGGAGAACCUGGUGCAUGACCCCGCGGCGGAGCUGGCCAGGGUGCAGGAGUUUCUGGGUCUCCGCCGAGUGAUCACCGACAAACACUUCUUCUUCAAUGCCACCAAAGGCUUCCCUUGCCUGGUGAAGCGUGAGCGAAGCGGGAAGCCCCACUGCCUGGGUUCCUCCAAGGGCCGGUCGCAUCCCAGUGUCUCACCGGCGGCUGUUGAAGCCCUCAGGGACUUCUACAGGCCGUUCAAUUUCAAGUUCUACAAGAUGGUCGGGCAGAACUUCAACUGGUAGACGGCGAAGCAAUGGGAGGAAGGGCUGUUAGUGUGUAGAGGUGGAGAGUUUAAAAGGGGAAAUAGAGGGAAAAGAAUGAAGAGAAAAUGAGUGGAAAUUGGUGAAAGAAAUGAAAUGGAACUAAUAAAUAUUGAUGGACUAGUAGGAAGUCGUUGAUCGGAAAGAGGGAUUACCAGUGAAAUAGGUAAGAUCUAUUUGUAACUAGGAGAAAAGGGUGGGGGAUAGGAGAUCAAUGCUGUGCCAUUGUAUAUAGGUGUAACUAAGUUUAUUAGCUAUAAAUAUCCAAGGUACAAAGACCCCUGUCAGAAUUUAGCUUUAACUCUUACCUCCGUAUGGACAUCUGUGAUCGUGAUCUCUCGACAAGAAAGUAACUUUUUUUUCUCAACUUCAGGUGAUUUCUUUUAAGUAAUUAGAAAUCGAGGCACGUAAUUUUUAAUGGAAGCGCCACAAAUCGAUGUGAACAAAGUGAAGGAUAAGGUUUACGGCCUGGAUGCAACAAGAUGAAACAUUCCUAUGUUCAAUGCAGUGUUCUUGAGUGGAGAGAUAAUGAACAUGUCACUUGCUAUACUUUGACGCGGAUUUGUACUUCUGCAAAGGACAGUGGUACUGAAGAAAGCACUGCAAAAAAUGAAGCUGGUACUGGUAAAACAUAACAUUCCUUUCAUACCUCGUUUGUGAAUUCUAUAUAGCUGCUUGGUUCUUUAGAUUCAUAUUGCCGAGCACCAAGAAUUUGUGCUUUAUCGCUAUGGGGCAGAUUUUUCCGAACUGGGGUGUGAGCAGUAUUGUUUUAUUGUUGAUAAGGAUUAUAAAUCUAUCAGUGCAGAAGCUGUGUAAAAGCAGAAAACAAAUAGGCAAUCCACCUUAACUAAAUCAGUCGCAUAGUAACUCUCCCCAUAAAAGGGAAAUUAAUACAAAUGACAUAAAGCAUUUAUGUAAAUACAAUCAUAUCUGAAAAAAGGGUAGCAUUUCUUUCCGACGAGAGUGUAUCGCAGUCAGAAAGCAAGGCUUAAAAGAUUUACUGUAAACAAAAAGUAAUUCAUGGGCUAGGAACUAUGUCAUAAAAAGCUCACGGCUCUGUUCAGGUAGGCCGGAAUACUUAUACCGAAGAGUGCUUGGCCCUUUGUGAGUGUUUAGUGUUUUUCGCUCGUACGAGAAACGUGUCACAGAAGCAUAGCGCCCCCAGAACUUAUUAGUGACCAAGAGCUAUUUUCUGCCAAGUUGUCUCUUCUUUCUGAAUAGCCGACGAGGAAGUUGCUUUUUUGUAGGCGAUUUUCAUAUUUCUUUCGUCAAUGGAAUAUGAAAUUUUUGAACAAGAAGAAAUUUUCUGUUACUAAAAGUCCAGGGAAUUGUUCGCAGCAUAAAAUUUUGUGCUUUAUCUGUAGAGGAAGGUGUGUAUAUAUAAAUAUGUUGUUAGCAAAAUAAAUGACUACAUAAUUCUGAUAAUAAUUUCAGAAUGUCAUGGCAAAGGCUGCCUAAUAUAUAUACACACAUGACUGGGGAGUGACCCUCUGGUUUUUAUUUCACAUUAGAAUUUUAGUCUUAUUGGUGCUCUGCUUUCCCGCUUCUCAUGUCUACUCUCCAGUCGCAGAAUUGAAUGGGAAUGGCUUUCUAGUUUUGGAAGGAUGUUAUUAUUACCUAAUGCGGGUUUUCUUGAGGGAAGAUGUAGGCGAUUUCGGCCGGCAAUUUUUUAAAAAUAAAAUAUAAUAGAU